AUAUGAUCCUGCGCCGUUGGCGUCCGCCUAUCUAGUGUACCCAGGUAGACUAUCUCAGCCCGUUUUCUUCCCAUCUCGAACUACCUACUAGUUAUCUUAGCGGUCCCUGCCCCCGCGACGCCGCUCCUACAUCACAGCCCCUCAUUCACAGCAACUUCGUGAGGUAGGUAGGUACCCUACCUACCUUACCCUCCUCUAGGUACCUCAGCAUUUUUCUUCUUUUAAAUCACGCUUACCUUUACCUUGGGUUCCCUCUUCGGACGGUGCUGGAACCCUAGGCCCUGCCAUCCUGUACAAACCCCCUCUCCUAACCUGGUCGCUUAGCUUCCCUCCUCGGCCUGGUGGGCCAUCCCCUCCACCUGGCUCGAUCCUCGCACUAUGGCCAAUCCAACCACUGGCUCCCCUUUCUACCAUGCCAGCCAUGUAAGACCGGCGACCACUACCUCAUGUCGCGCAUCUCGUCGCCCCCCUUCAGCUCUUACCUUACUCUAGUACCCUAAGCCAGAAAAAGCAUAAAAGACCAUCGAGUUGUACUCUUCCGCCCCCAAACCCUCUUAAACCACCUAUCCCCCCUCCUGUUGCUCGCCGUCGUUGUGUCUUCUCUCAUAAAACCUAUCGUUUCCCACAUAGGUAUCUAGCGCCUGAACCUUUGAUUCUCACUCUCCGCUGCUGCCCACACCAUCCUAUCUUCAACCAUUGUUGAGCCGUUCGGCGCUUUAGGCACCAUGAGUAACAGCUACUACUCCGAUUCGGAUGACCUUGACAUACGAGUCUCGAGGCGUCGGGCACCGUCGCCUUCACAGGUUCACUAUGUCGAAGCGAGAUCGAGACCCAGUAGGAACUAUUACCCGUCAGCAGGUCAACAGCCUAGCUUCUUGGCUCCCGAGCGCACAGUCAUUACCACUCGCACUCGGUCAAGAGAGCGUUCCCGUGAGCGCCAUUCCACUCCACCGGGUCCCGCUCCGGGUUCCAUCCCCGCUCCGGCCCCGGCUCCUGUAAUUAUCAACAACCGUAUUUACAACGAACAUUCUUCCGAUGAUGAGGACGACCGCCACAUGCAGGUCUACCACAGCCGUCACCGUUCUCACUCCCGUGGUCACUCGUCUCAUUCCCGCUCACCUUCAUCCUCUUACAUGACCCGUGAGGAUUAUGAGGCAGAACGGGCUCGACAAGAGCUGGCGGAACUCAGAAUCAGUCAGGCUCGCGAGAAAGAGGAACGCCGGGUUCAAAAGGAGUUCCGGGAGGAAGCUGAGCUCCAACGCGCCAAGCGCGAUCUCGAAGAUAUCCGAACCCGGGAGGCUCGCGCUGCUGAAGAACAGCGCUUCAAGACCAAGAUCGAGCUGGAAAAGUACCAAGAGGACAUGCGGAAGGCAGACUUAUCCAAGAAGCGAGAAAAGGAAGCUGCCGAUGCCGUAGAACGCUACAAGAGAAAGGAGGCAGAUCGACUUGCGCAAGAGAAGAAGGAAAAGGAGCAGCGUGAAAAGGAAUUUCAGCAAAGGCUCAAGGAAGAGCGUCAAAAGGAGCUGGACAAGCUGGCCAAGGAGAAGAAGGAGAAGGAGGAGCGCGAGAAGGAGUACCAGAGACGUCUCCAGGAGGACCUACGUAAAUCAGGUCUUGACGACAAGGCUAUUGCUGCCAUCCUCAAGAAGGAGAAGAUUCCGGAGCCCCCGCGGCAAAGACCAGUCCAGCAUGAAAGCGCGCUCGUUGCUGGGAAUCGCCCAACCUACACGCGUAUGGCACGGAAGCAUCUUUCGAUUGAAACCUUGAGAACAUAUCAGGUUGAAUGGGAAAUGGAUGUUGAUCCUGAUUACGUGCUCAUCAGACGAUGGGUGCCGGAAUGGGAGCAAGACACCCUUUGGAGACACACCAGGUCGAUUCGCGAGAAGCGCUCAUCCAAGCUUGUACUUGAGAUCGAAGACAAGAAGUCGCACCGCCACGAACCAGAGUUCGAAUGGGUUAGAAAGAAGAGUGAUCGGAAGAGAAGCAAGUCACCCGCGCUCCUCAUGUACCUUGCGGGAGCGAAACCGGCAUGAUUUGAGGAGGAAGGGGUGUCGGCGACAUUUUGGUCAGCAUUGGGACCGAGUACAACAACCCUCUUAUCGCAUCGAAGGCGAGGAUGGGUGUUGGUGUCUGGGACAACAUCUUUCAAUCACAUCACACAAGAUCUCUUAGAUGCCCAACACUCUAUUAGGGCUUCCUGGAUUAUUUGUUCUUUCUCGGGGGGGAUAUAUACCAUCGGCUACUAGUACAAGUCGUCUUUGCGGGACGUUGGGUUUCUUUCAGUGGAUCAAGUUGGGACUAUAUGUUGGAGUGCGUAUUCGCUAUGGCUCCGCUGUCGUUGUCGUCGUCAAGUUUGAGGACCAAGUGCGUUCAGCUCUUCUCAUCAGUUCUUCAUACACAGUCCAGGCCAAAGCUGAACUCAUUGCCUUUCUGCUCAUGCGGAGCGCAACACCAUCCAUAAGUGACCGAAUACCUUCUUCCGAAACCAUCUUCUGGCAAGCCUGGUACAUGUUUCUGUAAACAGCUGGCUGCAGUUGGAUCCUCGUUUUGAUAGCAUCGAAAGGAUUCGAGAUGACGGAGCACGCUCCACCCGCCAUGACGGCAGAGCUGAAAUUGACUAGCGUUGCAUGUGAUGUUGUAAUGGCGACGGGGCGAUUCGGACUGUGGCCGUCUCUUCGAGUAGACAGACUGCUAAGCUGCUUCUUGAGCAGCUCGUAGAACAAUACAUACAUGCCCGCGUACGGUGCAUCACGGACGGCGGUGGCACCGAAGCCAGCAAAGAAUCCUCGCGGACCAUUCGUCCUGUAUAUGUCCGAAGACGCGCCGAGCAGGGAUUUGUAGGAAUACAAAUUGGAUUCAUAUCGAACCUUGAUGACGGUCAACGGCAUGAGAACAAAACCGGCAAACGUCCUAGCGACGGCGCCGGCGAUCAGGUUGGCCGAUGGGGUUAGCGUCGGUAGUGAGGACGAGUGUGCUGCCCUGUUGCCGGCGGCUUGGCUCAAUAAGCGCGACUGGGCAACAUGCUGGCGGAUGGAGUUGAGGGAUGUGAAGUAAAGGGCCGAACCGAAGCCGGUCCUGAGGGCUGACGGGAUUGUGCCGCGCCAAAGUGUCUGAAUCUUGUUGGGAGCAGCGGCAACCUCCCUGAGAUACGACGUCAGUGACCGGUGGCCAGAUUGUUGGACACGAGUCUUGAGUAGGUCAAGCGGUUGCAGUAGCACUGCCGAUGCAAUGCCGGAACCUAGUCCAGCAACGAAAUGUCGAGCUGUGAGAGGAGAGGGACAGGUCAGCGCAACCUCGAACACAGGUGAGUAUAGAGAAGAAUCUCAAAGUGGCAGCUCGCAGGGAGUCAUGCAUAUGACCAGACAGUGACAGGUGAUUGAGUGUGCCUGUCCUUUUCUUACAUGAUUUUGUGCGGCCCGGAGUCGCCUGUUGAGACAUGGGGACUUCUGACAGAGCUGGUGUCGUAUCUUUUAGACGGGGAGACGAUACUGGGCGAACUGCGGUGCAAUAUCGGGUGGUGCGGCGGCGAGUUUGUUUUAUGUGUGGAAAUGAGUGUUACAAGCAAAGGUCAUUGCGUCAAUAACCGAAGAUGUUCUUAUCUUAAAUGUACAGGUUGCCUAAGCAGAUGUGACGGGCUUCGUGGCAGAAUGAGAAGGGAAUGAUGAUUACAAGUUGUGAUGACU